UGGUCGGGCAGUUGCUUAUUGGAAGUUGAAAACGACCGAGAUGACAGCAGCGAUUUGUUGUCAUUUGCAAAAGUCAAUAAACAGUAAAUUGGGAGACAGCAACGGUUCGGAUUUCUUUAAAAAUAAUGUCGGCUCAGGAGGAGCGACAGCGAAUAAUUCGUGAAAAUAUACCGAAACUCAUUCAUUCGCUGACUAAGUUCGAGGUACCAACUGAUCCGAACUUCCAAUUAUGCGAACAGUGCGCUUGGUACACAAUUCGCAACCACCGCAACUUGAGCGUGAAUAGCCACGAAACGAGACGUCGAAUAGAUGGAAUGAUUGAGAAGUUCGUUGUGGGCAACUACCCACAACAUGCUCAGCACUUCAGGCGACUUUGCGACGAAUUGAUCGCUCAUCCCUUAUGCGUCAAUCAUUAUGAGGUUGACGUUCAAUGGGCUAUUAUAGACUUCCUACUGAAUGUUUCGUACAAUCCGGUGGGAUCUAUCCGACGAAGUAGAUCUAAUGUGGAAUUUGUUAACUUGCGAACCAACGAGGAAAACACAGAGAAUGAUGUGGAGUAUUGGGUGAAUUUAUUAAAAGAGGAUUGCAUCCCGAUUGAUCAACAGCAGUGCGACUUAGUCGAUUCGGAUUUGAGUGACUGGUCCGAAUGUACAUCAGAUGUGGAGUCCUCAGAGAUUACAGAUAAAAUUAGUAGCACCACAGUAGAGCCAAGCCCCGAAGAGCGUUAUAAAGCGUACAUAAUUAAAUCAGGAUUAACUCCACCCCAAAAGGAACCCCAUUAUAAUUUGUUUGAUUCUUCAAAAUCAAAUCAGUGGUUGCUCGAUAACGUUCAACAUUCCUGGUGGCAAAAACAUCAAUCCACAACUGAUAUUUGCAGUGCAAACGUUGAGGCGAAUUUCUGUCAGCUGUGGAAUCAAUGUGUUAUUAAUACGACAACUACUUUAAGGAAAAUAACUCCUGUUUCAACGACGUCGGAGUAUUGCUUGUUGCGCGAGAUCAUUUGGAUGUUCCAGGAACCAACUAACUGCAAGUUUUUCGCUUUGAAGAAUGGGAAUAUCAUUGUGAACAAUGAUGUGUCAAUAUCAAGUGUAACGCAGAAUAGCUUAAAAUCAUUUCUAGAGGAUCUCAUUCCAUACAUGCAAAAAUCUAUGGAAUUACAGAAUUUUGUAAAGUCUAUUUAUCAUUAUCAGUCUCAAACGAAAGCGCCGUACACUUACGAAUGCUACGCGAAUGGCUUGAAACAAUUGCUUGAACCGUUCUAUGAUAAGAUGUCAAAGAUCGAAGAAAGAGCAAAAGCCCAGAAUAUUGGGGCAACAAAUACCAUUCUUCAGUUGCGCCAAGAAUUGCACAAAGAUUUGCAGUAUUUGGACACGUUGCAUUCUAUCCAUUCGUUCUCGAUUCUGGAUCAUGCUAAGUAUCCUGCUCACAUAUGUACUGCCCAUCUCUUGGCCGGAUUAAUGAACAAAUUUCGCUCUGCGACAUGCCUGGAAGCCGCUAACAUGGCUGUGUCUUUGUUUUUGUUAGCAGUUAAAAGCUUUUGCCAAAUAAUAGAUACAUGGUGGAUCGAGGGUCGGCUGGACGAUUGGCACAAUGAAUUUUUGGUUGAGAAAAAAUCUGCAGAGAAUGAAGAAGUCAUGCUUCGUCUGUAUGAGAAAUGUAAGGAAAGGUCAUUUUUUGUGCCACAAUCAGUCUCAAAUAUCAUCCAGAAGGAUGCGUUUCUAGCUUUGCUAAGGGACCACUCGGUACAAGCUGGAUGCACGUUAAAUUUACUUUAUCAGAUAAACAAGAUCAAUGAAUUGAAAAGUUGCUGUGAUUUCAAAGAUACCUUGUACGAUUCUUUCAUAGAAUCUUUCCAUAAUGAAAUUACAAGUUUCAAAAGCGAAGAUUACAUAAUGAAUGUAGAGAAUGAUGUGACCAAGUCAUUAGUCCCUAAAGAAACUACAAAACAACCUGAAUCUCAAGAUCUCUCAGCGCAAUUUUGGUCAUUUCAAGAUGAAUUUCUAAUGAUGGCGUUCAAAGAUUUAAACAUUUUUGAACAAGCGAAUGGUGACGCAACUGUCGAAAAUACAUUGAUGCCUGAUUCUGAUGUAGACGUCCUUGACAUCCUAAGUGGUUUAAAUAGAGCUUCACAAAUUAUUUUACCGCUAGAAGAUAUUGUGGUUAAAUCUUUUGCCAACAUACUCAAAUCUAGAAUCUCUUUUGCAAAUAGCUUUGUAAUGAACAUGUACAAAAACGAAUUUAAAAUUCUAACACAUUUACAAAAUAUGCGGAAAGUUAUGCUCUUAGAGGCUAGUGAUGUAAUGCAAACGUUCCAUAUACAACUAUUCAAACAAAUUGAAUCCGGAAAAGUUUGGGCGAAUCCCUUUCUACUCACCGUUCAAUUGGACGAUAUUCUAUGUGCAAAAAUUCCAAACAUGUCGUCUUUGUUUUGCAUCGAUAUUUCGCCAACAUUCAAGUGUGAUACAACAAAGGUGAUUGAUGCCGUCGAUGAACUCAAAAUAACUUACGAAGUGAAUAAACAACUUCAAAAUAUAAUUACGGAAAAGAAUCUUGUAGACUACAAUGAAGUGUUCCGAUUUCUUCUCAAAGUCAAAUGGGGAUUGUGGACACUAGAAAAUUUGCAAUUUCAGCGAAAGUACAAAACACGGCCGCCAUAUGCCGCAUUGAAAAUGAUCGAUUUUUUGAUGCGACGCCUGGAGCAGCUUCGAUUUUGGAUGUUGUACGCAAUGCAGUGUCUGCAUUUUUACUUGACAAGCCAUGUUCUUCAGUCAAUGGGAAUGAAACUCGACGAAAAGAUCAUGAAUUGUACAACUCUUUCGGAAAUGAGGACAGUCCACGAUUCGUUUAUAGAAACAGUGUGCAGCCAUUGCUUUCUAAAGCCAAGCAAAAACAAUAUUAAGUUUGGAAUUGGACAGCUUUUAAAUUUAAUUUAUGUUCUACGAUAUGAGUGGGCGAGUUGCGUAGCUGAAAUUGAAGAGGAGGAUGUAACUAAUCUAAGUGACGAACAAAGUAGCGACUAUGUUCUAUCAUCACAAAUCGAUGCUAUUGAAUCUACCUAUAUCCGAUGCCAUGCAUAUUUGGCUAAUAUUUUAAAUAAUGAAGUGUAUGCGAAGCAGAAUUCACACUUGGCUGGUCUAAGUGCUGCAUUCAAUAGUAGUAUGCCAUACUAAUUGUUAAGUUUUGUACAAUUGAAUUUCUUUUGAUAAAUAAAAACUUGAUGUAAGAUUUUAA